UCUUGCUAUUUGUAACUGUUUUGGGCUUCCUUUUACACUUUUAUUUCGUUCAGGCAUAUAUCAAACACCUUCAAGUUCCUUCACUAUAUCACCUUCUUGAGUAUGGAAUUGAAAGAGUUCAGAACCCGAAGCUAUGAGGAACAAUAUGAUAGAGCUCAAGUGGAAGAUCUUGAGAGAAGAUGCGAGGUAGGGCCAGCAGAAAGCGUGUUUCUCUUCACAGACACUAUGGGUGACCCCAUUUGUAGGAUUCGAAACAGUCCCAUGUACACCAUGCUGGUAGCAGAGUUGGACAAUGAAUUGGUUGGUGUCAUUCAAGGCUCUAUAAAAGUGGUCACAGUUCAUGGUCAUCCUCCAAAGGAUUUGGCAAAGGUGGGGUAUGUCCUUGGCUUAAGGGUAUCUCCCAAUCAUCGAAGACAAGGGAUUGGAUUCAGCCUAGUUCGAAGGUUAGAAGAAUGGUUCAUUUCCAAAGAUGUGGACUAUGCAUAUAUGGCUACAGAGAAAGACAACCAUGCCUCUGUUAGUCUCUUCAUGAACAAGUUUGGCUACACCAAGUUUAGGACUCCAGCUAUUCUUGUAAAACCUGUGAACCAUCAUUCCUUUCAAAUCCCAUCCAACAUUGAGAUAGUUAGGCUGAAGAUUGAACAGGCUGAAUUCUUGUAUAGAAGAUUCAUGGGCUCCACUGAGUUCUUCCCCAAUGACAUAGAUAAUAUACUUAGGAACAAGCUAAGUUUGGGGACAUGGGUGGCCUAUUUCAAAGGAGAUAUUGGUUGGGGUGAUUUUGGGUCACAUGGACAAGUCCCAAGUAAUUGGGCUAUGCUUAGUGUAUGGAACAGUGGGGAAAUAUUCAAGCUAAGGCUAGGGAAAGCACCUAUUUCUUGCUUGUUAUACACAAAGAGUUGGUGCUUGAUUGAUAAAAUAUUCCCAUGCUUGAAAUUGCCUACUUUACCUGAUUUCUUCAACCCAUUUGGGUUCUACUUCAUGUAUGGGGUGUACCAUGAAGGUCCAUUCUCUGGGAAGCUAGUGAGGGCCUUGUGUCAGUUUGUGCAUAACAUGGCUGCUGAGUCUAAGGAUGAGAAUUGCAAGAUCAUUGUGACUGAAGUUGGAGGAAGAGAUGAGCUCAAUCAUCAUAUCCCACAUUGGAAAUUGCUCUCAUGCCCUGAGGACUUGUGGUGCAUAAAGGCAUUGAAAAAUGAAGGGACAAACACGUUCCAUGAAUUAACCAAAACCCCACCAACAAGAGCUCUUUUUGUAGACCCAAGAGAGGUUUAAAGUAUGAUCUCAAAAAGAAAUAAAAUUAAAUUAAAAAAGUAAUAAAAGGAGGGGACAAAAAAAAAAAAAAGCUUGGAAAACAUCUUCACCUUAAAUUUUUCUUUUCUUUUCUUGGCUUUGUCUAAGAACCAAAGCCCACAUCGUGUAUUGUCUUGAUAAGUCCAUCUAUCUCUUCUGGUGGGGGUUUUUCUCUAGUUCCUUUCCCAUCGGUGACACAAAAUCUCAAAAGAUAUCCAUAAUUUAGGUGCCACACUUCGAUGUCCUUCUUAGCAAUUCCAUCUUGUGCCUCAUGACUCUGACUAAUCAAUUAGCCUGGUGGUCCAAACUUUGUCCCUUCCCCUCAGGUAAAAAUUUGAGAUGGACCCUCCUCCCUCACUUUUUUGCAUCUCAUCGAGAUAUGGUCAUGGUAACAUCUAUGUCAUCACUGAAAGAAAAAAGAGUUUUUGAGCCAUUUUAUGUGAGAUCAUGAAAGUAAUCUUAUUCUAUUCAAGUCAGAGUACGUUAGACAACUUAAUCUGUUCCAAUAUAAGGAAAAAUUAAGCUCAGUAUUUGAAGUCUCAGAUGGUUGGUUUCUCCUUAUUCAUUUGUUCUGGAGCAUUAUUGUCCCUGACUACAUGAGAAUUGUUGAUGGUCUAAAGUUGACAUAGCUCGUGGGAAUCAACCAAAAAAUAAAGACUUGGCAAGGGUUUUUUUCACUUUUCACCAUUAAUGCAAAUGUUGGAGUUAAUUAGGGACCUAGUUCUCAGUUAGAACCACAAAGAGCUAGUUGGACUAAUGAAAU